GAGAGAGAGCGAGAGAAGGUAAGAAAAGAUGGAGAGAUCGAUGUUUGAGAAUCGAGUGCACUCGUUUAAUACUUACAGACCGCUCUUAUUGAGCUUACCCAAGUUGAUCGUUUCCGUCCACGGGACUAAAGUGCUUCAUCCCAUGAGACCAGUGCCGCCGACUGUGUUUCCAAAAUUGAAGAGUUGCCAUUGUCAACGUCUCCGUUCAGUCUCCGGCGGCGGUGGUGGUGGUGGUGGUGGCAUUAGAGCUGCCAUGGGUAAUGCAUCAGACAACUCUAUCACCAUCACUGCUGUUGUCAACGUUAAGCUUCCAUUGGAUAUUUUUGUGGGAACUUUUCAUUUGGAGCUCGUAAGCGCCCAACUUGAUCCAAAAACGGGAUUGGCAAAGGAUACCAUAAAAGGGUACGCAAGUUGGGUGAGCCAAACAGAAGAAAAUGCAAAGUAUGAAAGCGAGUUGGUGGUUCCUGCAAAAUUUGGCGAUGUUGGUGCAGUGCUUGUGGAGAAUGAGCACUCCACGGACCUCUUCAUCAGGACCAUAGUGCUCAAUGGAUCUCCCACUGGUCCUCUCAACAUCACCUGCAACUCUUGGGUCUGUCCUCAGUCCGAGAACCCACUAAAGAGGAUAUUCUUCACUAACAAGUCCUACUUGCCAUCGCAAACACCAAGUGGUCUGAGGAGGUUGAGAGAGGAGGAGCUUCACUAUAUUCGUGGCGAUGGGCAGGGAGAAAGGAAGGCGUGGGAGAGGAUCUAUGACUACGACAAGUAUAAUGACCUUGGAGAUCCGGACAAAAGCAAUGAACUAGCAAGACCAGUCCUAGGUGGUAAGGAGCACCCUUAUCCAAGGCGUUGUAGAACAGGCCGAGGUCCUUCCGACAAAGAUCCAUUGUCCGAGAAAAGAAGCCACAAAGUAUAUGUGCCAAGGGACGAGGGAUUUUCUGAUCUCAAGUCACUAACAUUUUAUGGUGAGGUACUCACUGCUGAGUUAGAUGCUUUGCUCACUCAGAUCAGAGCUGUUCUCACAGACCCCAAUCUUGGAUUCUCUUCCUUCCCUGCCAUUGAUUCCCUCUUCAGUGAAGGAAUGGACUUACCCCAAGUCAAAGAUCAAAAGCUCUCGGAGAAACAUUCCUCAGGACUCGCCAAGUCUAUAAAACCUGAAGGAGAUCAGAUCCUGCGCUUUAAGAUCCCUGAAAUGAUUUAUAGAGAUCCCUUUUCCUGGUUAAGAGAUGAGGAAUUCGCUCGUGAAACACUUGCUGGAGUCAACCCUUAUAGCAUUAUUCUAGUCACAGAAUGGCCAUUGAAGAGUGAGCUAGAUCCUACGAUCUACGGCCCACCGGAGUCGGCAAUUACAGCUGAAAUUGUUGAGCAAGGAAUUGGAAAUUCAAUGACAAUUGAUGAGGCCAUCAAGGGAAAGAAACUGUUCAUGUUAGAUUAUCAUGAUUUGCUAUUGCCAUUUGUGAAGAAAGUAAGAGAAAUGGAAGGCACGACACUAUAUGGGUCUCGCACAUUGUUCUUCCUCAACCCUGACGACACAUUAAAACCCCUUGCUAUUGAGCUCACUAGACCACCCAUAUAUGAGAAGCCACAGUGGAAACAAGUGUUCUUUCCUAGCACUGAUAAUACUGAUAGUUGGUUAUGGAGACUAGCCAAAUCUCAUGUGUUGGCUCAUGAAUCAGCUCAUCAUCAGAUUGUCAGCCACUGGCUAAGGGCUCAUUGUUGUACAGAGCCAUACAUAAUUGCAGCUAAUCGUCAACUAAGUGCAAUGCAUCCAAUCUACAGACUGUUGCAUCCACAUUUUCGGUACACAAUGAAGAUCAAUUCCCUUGCUCGGAAGUCCCUCCUCAAUGCGAAUGGGACACUAGAGAGGAUGUUCUCACUGCGCAAGUAUUCAGUCGAGCUAAGUUCUGUUGCGUAUGCCAAAUUUUGGCGAUUUGACAUGGAGAGUCUACCAAAAGACCUCAUUAGGAGGGGAAUGGCUGUUGAGGAUCCAACAACUGAGCAUGGUUUAAAGCUGAUCAUCAAGGAUUACCCCUUUGCAAAUGAUGGUCUCCUCUUAUGGACAGCCAUAAAGCAAUGGGUUAGCGACUAUGUAAAUCAUUAUUACCCGGACCCUGGCCUCGUUGAAUCAGAUCAAGAGCUGCAGGCGUGGUGGACUGAAGUCAGGACCCAAGGCCAUGGAGACAAGAAGGAUGAACAAUGGUGGCCUGAUCUCAAAACACAAGAAAAUCUUAUUGAGAUCUUGACAACCAUCAUCUGGAUUGCCUCCUGCUACCAUUCGGCUACAAACUUUGGUAUGUAUGCAUAUGAUGGUUACUUUCCAAACCGACCCACAAUUGCUAGGACUAACAUGCCUACUGAGGACCCUUCAGAACAAGAUCUCAAGAAAUUCAUGGAGAACCCUUCAUUAGCAUAUCUGCAGUCUCUUCCUACACAAAUUCAGGCUACAACUGGGAUGGUUGUCGUAGAUGUGUUAUCAUCACACUCAAUUGAUGAAGAAUAUAUCGGAGAAAAGAUGGAGGCAUCAUGGGCUGAGAAUCCAGUUACCAAGGCUGCAUUUGAGAAGUUUCAUGAGAGAAUCAAGGAUAUUGAAGGUAUUAUAAAAGACAGAAAUAUGGACUUGAAGCUGAAGAAUAGAACUGGAGCUGGCAUCAUGCCAUAUCAGCUCCUGAAACCAUUCUCUAACCCUGGAUUGACAGGGAUGGGAGUUGCUAACAGUAUAACUAUUUAGAAGUGAAACAUGAGGGCUUUCAACUAAUAAUUUCUGUUUUGUGGACAAAUCUUUAUUGCUUGAUCUGAAUAAUUAAUUUCAAUGGCUGCAAACAUUAGCGAAUGGGAUGCAAUCCAAAUAUUUUCUAUUGCGCA